CCAGACGCUAUCGAACGCAACCGAUCGACGAGCUACAGCCAUGAACGGCGUUCGCGCAAGGAGGUCUGUCAUGUCAGCGUUCAGAGCAAGAUAUAGCCUCCAACCGGGGACACCUGAACGGAGCGCCGUGAGCUCCGUUGUUUAUUGACAUCAUCUGUGUGUAUGCGGGACUUCUAACAGCUACACCCGGGCAGAACCAAACGCCAAAGCGGGUGAUGGGUUUACCAGUACGGUGAAAUCGGGCGCUAAAUAUAUUUCUACGCUCCUGAAAAUCCUACAGUCCUGUCUCUGAGGUGCACAACCGGGGAAAAAAUUCCUGCUUAUUGAUCAAGAAGCUGCCCUGUGGCUCGCCUUCCAGAUUACCUCUGCCAUGGCUCUGGUGACCCUUCUGCGUGUGCCCGCGCCCACGCCCAGCGACACGUCCUCCGCCACCGCUGCCUCCAGCGCGGGGGAGGAUUUGGGGAAUGAAGAUUACCCGAAGUCAAAUCUUAGCUGCAGUGAAAGUUUUGUUCUGGUAAGGGGAGCAGCGCGUCUUCUGCAGCAGGGAGACAAUGCUCCAGAGCCCAGAAGCCCAACCCAUCCUAAAAACACAGGUGAUUUAUCUCUGCAUCUCCAAGCUAUGAUAAACACCCUCCGGUGUGAGGACAUAAUUAAACUGGCAGUGAGACUGGAGAGCAAGUGGGCGGAGCAUGUGCGCUACAUGGUGGUUGUUUACACAAAAGGGUGCCAGGACAUGGAGGAGAACGCCCUUAUCGGUAUGGACUUCACAGACCAGGACAGUAAAAGCUGCACCAUCGGCCUGGCCGUGCCCCUGUGGAGCGACACAGAUAUCCACCUGGAUGGAGGCGGGGGUUUCAGCAUCAGCACUGCUGGAAGGUGUCAUGUCUUCAAGCCUGUGUCUGUGAAGGCCAUGUGGUCGGCCUUGCAGGUGCUCUACAAGGCAUGCGAGGUGGCACGCCACUACAACUACUACCCAGGGAGCACGGCGCUCUCCUGGGUUGGCACCUAUGAGAGCUGCAUCUCAUCUGAACAGAGCUGCAUCAGUGAGUGGAAUGCCAUGACCGAAACGACCAGGCCUGACUCACCCGACCUGUUCAGUGAUCAGCCAGCAGAGAGGGAGAGAGCCGAGUGCCUGAUCACGACCAUGCUGAACGGCAUCAUGGUGCUGCAGGACCUGGAGAACAUCACAGCCAAGGAGAUCCGCACUGAGCUGGAGCAGCACAUGAAAUGGAACCUGCGGGAGUAUAAUGAGUUCAUCGACAAAGAGAUGCUGCUAAUACUGGACCAGAUGGACAAGGCCACACCAAUUUUUGACCACCUUUACUUGGGCUCGGAGUGGAAUGCUUCCAACCUGGAGGAUCUUAGACACAACGGGAUUGGAUACAUCCUCAACAUGACGCAGGAGGUUGACAACUUCUUCCCAGGAACAUUCUGCUACUACAAUGUCCGUGUUUAUGACGACGAGACAGCAGACCUGCUGGCACACUGGAAUGACACCUACAACUUCAUAGUGAAAGCCAAACAAAAUAACUCCAAAUGUCUAGUGCACUGUAAGAUGGGAGUGAGUCGCUCGGUGUCCACUGUCAUUGCCUACACCAUGAAGGAGCACGGCUGGCCUCUGGCCAAGGCCUGCAGCUUUGUCAAACAGAAGAGGAGCAUCGCACAGCCCAGCACCACCUUCCUUAAGCAGCUGGCUGAGUACGAGGCCAUUUUGGGUGCCAGCAAGCAGCAACACAACAAACUGUGGCAGCUAGAUGAUGGCAAUUCUCACGAGGCCCUACAAGCAGGAAGCAGCAGCAUUGCCGGAACUCCCCAGCCCUCAGUAACACCUUCUGAUCUGGAGCCAUGCGAGUGGGGGUGUGAGGACAUGGGCAGAACCUCCCCCCGACACCACAGCAAUGUGCCCUCCGACCACCUCAACUACAACUACUACUUCCGACGUCUGUCGGACACUGCGCUGGACAGUGAGCCAUCAACGCCGGUGCGGGGACCCCCCCUGCUGGGCAUGGAGCGCGUCUACAUCGAGAUCGAGGACGUGGAACGCGAUGCCCUGCUGGAUGACAGCAGCAUCCCCACCGUGCACCUGGCCCCACCUGGAGACGGGACGGCGGCACAAACCUGCGGACGCCUGGAGCCACUGGAGGACAUGCGUCUCCGGCUGGAGUUCAGCACCGUGCUGGAGGAGGAUGAGGAGGAGGCACAGAAGGAGGAGGCAGAGAUGGCUGCUCUGGCACGGGGGCGGGACAGCGUGGCCGGCCAGGCCAAUCCCAACCGCUUUAGCAAUGAGAAUGCCAACAACAGCAAUCGGCUGUCCGGCAAACGCAGCUGCCCGUCUGGCUCCGACGACAGUGCUAGCAGCGGAAACCCUCACAAAGUGAAGCCCUCUUAUUACACCUGCCGCGAGUGUCCACGACUGCUGGGCGGUCGUCGCGGCGAUCGCCGCACUCAUCGCCUCAACUUCCCACGCCUGCCCUCCGCCUCCACCCAUGCCCCUGGGGCCGGCCCUUUUGGCUCCACCCCCAUUCCUGGCCGACCGGCCCCUCCUGUGUCUCGAAGCCGCCUGUGCGGUUAUUACUGUAGGUGCCCCAUCUGUGCCAUCCGAAUACCUCUAGGCCCUGCUGUGUGCCUGGACGCCUACCGCCAGCACCUGACCUGCCCCGUGGGCUGUGAGGAACUUCCCCAGCGCAUGCUGGGACCAGCAGACAUAGAUGAGCUCCAAAAGAUGGAGGAAGAAGAGGAGGAGAAAGGACAAGGGGUGGAGUCCAGUGGUCAAGCUGCCGAACUUGCCCUCUUAAAGCUGAGUCUGCAGUGCGAGAGGUCCACAGCAGAGCUAAGCCAGGAGGCCCACCUGCCCGAGGGUCCCCACGCCCCUGCCCAGCCAGAGACAAUGGAGCUGGGUGCUGACGAUGUCACCACAGAAGACAUGGAGGUUGACUCGGGUACAGCUCCAUCUACCACCUCCCUGCUCUCAACAAGCCGCAACUCCAGGUUCUGCCCAGUUCUUCCCCUGCAAGGCCACGCCCUGACACAAGGGCGAGGGCCGCCCAGCUUGGUCCAGCUGCGGGCUCAAGAGAUAGAGACCCGCACACGGCUGUCUGACGGGAGGGCAGGGGACGGAGCACAGGAGAUAGAGGCACGUGCACGGCUGGCUGGACUCACCACACCCUCCAGGCUGAAGCGCUCCAACUCACUGGCCAAGCUGGGCGGUCUGGCUAUGUCUCCACAGGACCUUGCCUGCUCCACCCACUCCACAGGGGGGGAGUCCAUAAUUGUGAAGAAAUCCCCUAGCUUCACUGCGCGAGCUGUAAUGGCGCCACUGCUACAGACAUUUCCCAGCUAGCUUCAGUGCUACUACAGACGUUCCCUAACUAGCUUCAUCUCUGCCAGACGUUCCUCCGCUAGCUUCAGCUCUGCCACAGACGUUCUCCAGCUAGCUUCAGCUCUGCCACAGGCAGACGUUCCUCAGCUAGCUUCAGCUCUGUCACAGAUGUUCUCCAGCUAGUUUCAGCUCUGCCACAGGCGUUCUCCAGCUAGCUUCAUCUCUGUGACAGACAUUCAUCUUGAGGGCAGAAAAACAGGCCCAACAUUGCUAGCAGCUCAUUUCAAGCUGGAUUCAUUAGAUACCUCACAAGUGCUACUCUGAGGUCUACACUGGACCACUGUCCACUUCUCUGCCAAUUUCUUACUUGACAGCUGUGGCUGAGAUUAGCCAGGUGCUGAGAUUAAUGCUCUAAUCUGGUUUUCAUGUCCAGUUUUUAAAAGCCAAAUUAGAUUGCUGUCUUUAGAUAAGAUAGUGGCUGGGCUUUGUGCUAAAUGAGUUUAAACACAACUGACCAAGAUAUGUAUCAGAUAUGUGAGGGACAGUUUGAUUUGGCUCUCUGUCUCUGUAGUGUUUGUGGCAUAUUGAACGAGUAUAAGCAUAAAUAAGCAUGCUGCAGCUAAGUACACACAGGGCCUAAGUAGGCAGUGAGGGGCUCUGUUAGCACUGUUAGCUUUUAGCACUGUUAGCAUAAUUAGCGUUGUUCUAAUCGUCCAGCCUCCUCCAAUUGUAUUCGAUGUCUACGUGGCACAGUUAUGAAUAGUGUAAAGCAGAGCUUAAAAACAGUGACUCAACUAGCUGAGUCAGGUUUUGUAACCAAACGGGGCUACAAUGCUCCUUUUGAAAUUCUACCCCUUUACAGGCCUGUGUUAUAAUUUGCAUACCCUUAUCCUGAUCGUAGUCUUGAAUACCAUUAAAAGCUGACAAAACUGGUGAGCUAAUUUUGUGACAGCAAAUUGUUGCAUAUAUUCAUGACAUUAUAUGAAGGGGGAACCAGUUGGGAAGUCAUUCGGCAAAUAAAAAAGUAAUAUUUAUUAUGUAGUGUGUAAAUGCUUAUAUUUUGCAUUAAGGAGGAAAAAAUGGCAUGCUUGCACAUCCCACAGGGUAAAGACUGUUAUGCACUAUGGAGGAGAUUUGAUUUUAGAUACAUGAUUAGAUGAUUAGACAUCUUAUUUCACAGAUGAACAAAAAAGUUUCAACCUCAAUUUGUUUCAACCUCAUCCAUAAACCCUUUAUGUUGAUCUUGUAUAGAAAUGUUAUUAAUAUACAAGGAAGAUUGGUGCUUCAGGUUACUGUGCAAGAUAAGGUAAAAGAAUUAGACUCAACGAGAACGUCUCAUUUUUAUAAUGCUGAGAAACAAGUCAACUAAAGACACAAUGAAAACUUUGCCCCAGACUAUUAAAAUAUACAUAUUCUGUGAAUAUAAAUAAAAAAGAAUCAGCAUAGUUUCACACUUUCAAAGCAACUUUUUGAACCACAUUGUUUACAUGUGACCUGUAGAUUAGGUUUUUUAAAGCAUAGCACAUGGAGCAAAACAAUACAGUCUCCCUUACAGCUACUCUGAAACCACCUAGAUGUUGAAUAGGGUUUAAGCAUCUCUGCAGAAGAGGCUUGCUGUCUGAAGAAGGCUAAUGUUACAUGAACCAUAGUGGUAAAUUUCUCUGCCUCUGUUCUCUGCUAAGCACUCUAAUAAAAUCAAUCUUAAUCUUCUUUUAUCCUUUUAGGAACAGGUUAUUUCAAUUCAGUUCUUUAUAUAAAGUUUGCAAUGGCAAGGCCUAGAAGCUCUUGUUAGAGUUUGGUUAGUCAUUAAUCCAGAAUGUGAUGUCGUUGUGCUGGACUGUGUAUCUCAUCUGUCUCUUCUCCCACUCUUCUGAUGUUUAUCAAAGACCUAAAAUGUGCCACUAAAACAUGCCUCUCAAUGUAAUUUAGCUUAUGCUGUUGUACAUUGUGCAUAAUAUAGCCUGUGAUGUACAGAGAAGCUGCAGGACAACUGCAGGACAUAAGUGUUCCGCAACCUGCAUGUUGGCCAGAGGAAGGACAUUUGUACAUUAGGUUGAAAUGGGACUAUAGUCUUUCAACAAGUCAUUUAGAGAGACAAAGGCUACAGCCUCCUUUGCUUACACACUGUUUGUGGUAUUUCCUUAUUAAAAUGAAGGUAGCUGUAAGAGUUUCAGCUGGUAUUUAGGCCUUAAUGUUGUUUGCCAGUAAUUGCUUGCAGUGGAAUACCCCUCAGUAGGUUCACAGAUCACCUGGCUUUAAGAGUGCCCUGUGGUAUUAGACAUGCUACUUAGUGAUAUAAAGAUGUUUUAAUUUUCAAAUUAAUUUCUUUUGUUGUUAUUUUCAUUCUGCGACACUUAUAAGUUGUGGACCCUUUGUUGUUGAUGUGAAAUAUUUUUGUAAGAUUCUGAAUAUGCAAAGAGGCCUGUGCAAUAGGUUUAAAUUUGAAGUAUGCCAUUGUUCCUCACCAUGUACAGGAGGCAGCCAUCAUGCUCUUAAAAAUGAAAGUAACAGGAGAUGAGGAGGAGGAAUGGGAGAUGGAGGAGGAGAGUAGUUUUUGUGGCACACAACAGCCAGAGUGACAGAUGGCUUGUUUGGACUCUGUCACCACUGGCUGUAACAGUCAGUCAUGUGGUUUAUUUGUCCAGUUUUUUUUUGGGUUUUUUUUCUGAAAAUCAAUUUGAAUGCUGCUUAGCCAUGAGAAUGUCAUUUCUAAAGCCUGUCCUUCUGUAGCGCCAUGUUGCAGGAUUUCCUGUUGAGUGAAGUGAUUCAUUCAUAGCAGCACGGAGGAGGUGGCAAAGCUUAAACUCGAAGUUUGCUGUCUAACUUUUCUAAAUAUUGUCUUAGUAGAAGAACAAAAUUUUGCUGUCAGCCAAACUUCUUUGGUGGUGGAUUAGUAUUAUUGUCUCUACCUGUACUAUGAAAUUUUGAGGGUAUCAUAAUAAUGUUCUAAAAUUCCACCACAUCACAAUAUCCAAUCAUAAAAACAGAGAGUAACCAAAUCUGCAAACAAACUCCAGAGACCCUUAAUCAUAAAUAAAAUUAGCUUCUUUUAAACUGUAGGUUUAAUGUUGAAUUUAAUUAAUAACUAUGAAGGACCAUACAUUUUCUAAAUGUAUCUAGAUAUUCUUUUUACCAUAUUUAAACAAACUGUAUGAUAUACAUCUAGUACUGCCAUUAAAAUAUCAUAGAAUAUAAUUAUAAAAUAUUUCUUUAUUUAAUAUAGCAAAGUAUCAGUAUGUUGUCAUUCUAACCUGAAUUGAUUUAAUGCUUUUGAGGCUGCAACAAAUCAUUAGCUUAUACAAGAAAUAUGAAAUGUAAGAAACACCAGAUUGCCAAAAAAACAAAACAAAAAAAAACAAACAGAUUUGCUACGGUAGCGGUGCAGUCACUAGAAACCUUUCUGCAGAGCUUUUUGCCUCCUGUAGAAGGAGUGGCUCCUUGCCCCACCCCUGCUAUGGACUCCAUCCUCAGCCAUGCAUGCUGCUGCUGUUUCAUAUUUGAGUGCAGAAGCUGUUGGUUUGUUUUGCGCUUCUCCAUCCAUCCAAGUGCCUUAUCACUGCAAUUUACAAUCCGUCUCUCCAAGCAGCUGUGCGUAAUCCAAACUGCUGCUUGUUUUGUUUGUUUUAUACUUUUGUAUUUUAUAUUUUGAUAGAGUGGAGACCAAAGUCCUGUUUUGUUUUUUUUUAAGGCGUAUGUUCAAAAACAUUAGCAUUUCAUGACAAUAAAAAGAAAAUAUGAAAAUGGGAAAUCCCGUUAGCCCCAGACUCAACUGCUCUGUGUAGAAGCACCGAAAAGCAAUGACUAUGAAAUAGUGCACUCUUACGGAUAUAUAUUGUUGGUUUUCCUUUUUAGAUUUAAAUUGUUUUUGUUUUUUUUUUGCACUGCACAUAGACACAUGUUAAUGCAUCCUGCACUUUUUUGUAAUAAUGUAAGGUACUGUAAAUGAGAGAAAUAAAUUGUUUACUGUCUGUAA